AUUUGAAAGCCAUUUUAUUAGACUUAAUUAAUUAUAAAAGGUCUUAAAGUUAAUUAAAGUUAAUUGGGAAGACUCGUGAUACAUAUACGCCACCUGUGAGUCGAGUAGACGAAGUGUAUAAACUUCGAAACCAGUUAAAAAACUUGGCAGAAUUGCAAGAGACGAGGUUCAGUGUAGCUUAUAACGUGUUCACUUGCAACAUUACAAAAUGCUUGGCAUCUUAGCUCUGUUCGUAGGGUUCAAUGUUUUAUAUUACGCGUCAUCUAAAGCAGUUGGAGAUUUUAUUAACUACACUGGAAUAGAAGGUCAAAAAGUGUUAUUACCAUGUGACAUUACUCCAUUUUCCGGCGAUGACAUAGUGAUGCUUAUAUUAUGGUACAAGGAUGACAACACUAUUGUGUACAGCAUCGACUCAAGGCACAGUCCUUUGUCAGAAGCAAGUCACGUAGCAAGAGAAUCUUUGGCUGGCAGGUCUUAUUUCACUACUUUGCACAGACCACCCUACCUUGCUAUAGAUAAUUUAAAAGUAGAAGAUGAAGGAAUGUACAGGUGCAGAGUGGAUUUUGUCAAAUCUCAAACAAGAAAUUUCUAUUUUUAUCUAAACAUCGUUGUUCCUGCAAGUAAACCAAUUAUCAAAGAUCUCAGGGGAGAGGUGCUUAAUAAUAUCAUUGGGCCUUUUCCAGAGGGUUUUCAUUUAAUUUUAAUUUGUGAAGUGGAUAAAGGCAGGCCCGUUCCGAGUGUAACCUGGUGGAAUGGUUCUCAUUUAAUUGAUAGUACUUACACGAUGACUUCGAAUAAUAUUCUUCGUAAUGAACUAAUAGUUGGAGAAUUGAAGAGAAAUCAUCUAAUGAGGUCAUUUACUUGUCAAGCAUCAAAUUCUAACAUUACUCUUCCUGCUUCCACUACUGUGAUAUUGAAUGUGACUCUGAAGCCCGUAGAUGUGAAAAUAAUUGGUGAGCGUCACCCACUGUCAGCAAAUACUGUGCAUCACGUCACCUGCAGUACACGUGGAUCCCUCCCAUCCGUUCAUAUCAGUUGGUGGAAAGGCAGCGUCAAACUGGUGUCCAACAGAGAGGAAAUCAUCGAGAACGGAAAUGCUACAUUAAAUUACCUGACGUUUGUGCCAUCUGCUGACGACAACGGGAAGUUUCUGGUGUGUCGUGCACAUAAUCCUUCCAUUACUCCAAGCACGCUAGAAGAUAGCUGGAAAUUGGACGUUCAUUAUGUUCCCCAAUUAAAUCUUCGACUUGGAAGAAAUUAUUCUAACAUCAAAGAAGGAACAGAUGUACAUUUUGAAUGUGAUAUUAGAGCAAAUCCUCCGAUAAAUAAAGUAGGAUGGAGAUUUCGGAACCAAGAUCUAGCAUCUAAUGCUUCUAAGGACAUCCUCAUUUUAAAUCAGACAUUAUAUUUGAAAAAUAUCCAAAGAUCUUCUAGGGGUCAUUAUACUUGUAUAGCUACAAACAGUGAAGGAACAGGAGAAAGUAAUUCGGUUUAUUUAAGAGUCAAAUUUUCGCCAAUAUGCAAACAACAGGAAAUCUUAACAGUUGCGACCGUAAACAAACCAAUAAAUGCAACCUGUCAAGUGGAAGCCGAUCCAUCCUUUGUGGAUAUUUUCUGGAAAUCGAAUUCAACUGUUCCUAUACGUUACGAUGUUAAAGGUACCACUAGCGUAGCAUUUUAUUUACCAAAAUCACCUGAAGAUAUUCAAGAUUUAUUAUGCUGGGCAGUCAAUUCAGUUGGGAUCCAAAAAUCCCCCUGUGUUGUCAAGCUUGUUCCUGCUGGACAGAGUAAAGCUGUUGUUCUUAAAGCUACAACAUUAUCACCACCUGGCGAACUUACUUUCAAAGAAAAGGGUGAAGAUUUCAUAUACAGUCCUGCCUUAAUUGUUGCUGGUAGUGUUCUUGUCAUUGUUAUCUUAGCUGUUGCAAUUAUAUUAAGGGCCAUUUUCCAUCAAAGAAUAGAUGAUGAUGGUGGUGAUGGUGCAGGUGUCAUUAAUCAUCUUCAUCAGAUGGUGCUUAGAGCAUGGCAUCAUCUUCAAAUUAUCAUUACUAAAGCUAAUUCUAGCUCGACCAUGUCUCGAUUUUCAUCCAUACUCUAUUCUCGAGAUUACGGAAGAAGAAACAGACAGACAGACGGACGCCGGUGCAAAGAGCUAGAAGGAGAAGGAGAAAAAGGAGGAAGAGUAGAAAAAGGAAGAGAAGAUGAGGAAAAUGGAGAAGAGGAGGAAGAAGAGGAUGAUGAGGAGGAAACUAAAAUUAGAUUUUUGUAA